AUGGAGGACAUGAGCGGGUGCACAGGCAUUUUUGCCUGGGACAAAGACCAUAAGCUUGCCGCUCAGCACGCCUUUUCUGGCAGCGAAAAGAACCAUGUAACAAAUUUCGCUGGCGAGCUGGACAAGGCUAAAUUCACACCCGAUCACGUCGCAAUAGCGGCAGACACUGGUGACAAGUACAAAGCCGCCGUCGACGUCCUACAAGAAAAAUAUAAGCUGGAUCCAGCUAGGCAGAUAACACGCCACCAUUACGAAAACACCCCAGGGAACGAGCUUGGAAGACAUAGAUUCACAGCAAUAUUUGGGGAUCCAAAUAGACACGUAAAGGGAGAACCAUACACUGCAGAGCCAAAAGAACCAGGCACCCCACCGGAGAUUCUUUGA